UUUACUUAAAUUUUCUUUAUUUAUAUUCGGAAGCGAAUCAACUUUAAUUUCUUCACUAAUAUUCGUAUCGCGAACGGGAAAAACAUUGGUUGUUGGCGGAGCGACGACAAAUACAAGCUAUUUAUUGAAUUGUGAAACAAAACAUCAUCGUAACCUUGGGCGUGUAUUAAAUUAACUCGCUUCUAGCUGCUAGCAGCCAGCGUCUCCCUACCAAUUAUUCCGCUGAUAUCUCCUCCACCGCUCCUCUUGCCAACAAGUGCCCAAGUGGUGGAUAUAGCAGAGCAAACAUCUGGCGAGAUAAGGGCGCCCCGCUCCCCUUCCCAGGACCCAAAACGAAUUUAUUGCAAAAACGGCGCACAAUUUUUGUUGGGCUGCGGAGAAACGUCGAAUCCCUCUGUUCGUUCUGUUCGCGGCGCUACGCUACUCUAGUAUUGGACGGCGACGCCCCCUCAUCAUUGUGUAUCUGAAAUAGGCUAUAGAUUCGGACCGAAACGGACGAUGAUUCAUGUCGGCGAGAACACCUGGAACCUGCGGAUCCUCAUCACAGAUCUGCAGGUGGAGAAGACGCUGCGGGUGAAGGGAGAUCAGCACAUUGGCGGCGUGAUGCUCCAGCUUGUUGACCCGGAAAUGCCCAAGGACUGGUCGGAUCAUGCACUGUGGUGGCCCGCCAAGAACGUGUGGCUGACAAGGACACGCUCCACACUGGACCAGGCCGGAGUGCAGUCGGACUCGUUCCUUCACUUUACGCCCAUGCACAAGACACUGAGGGUGCAGCUGCCCGAUCUGAGGUAUCUUGACUACCGUGUCAAUUUCUCGGCCAAGACCUUUGGGGCUGUGGUGAACCUGUGCAAGGAUCUGGACAUACGCUACCCGGAGGAGCUGUCACUCUGCAAGCCCGUGGAGCAGGAGCACUUGAAGAAGAACUUCUCGAAGCUGCCACAGAAGAAGAUCCCCGUGCCGGAGGCCAACGGCGUCUCCUACCUGCAGCCGGCGCCGGACACCAACUCCUUUGUACCCAUUGCCGCAGCCUACAAGGGUAGCAACGGCAGCCUGGACAGGUCGCACAACGGUAAUCUCCUGUGUGCGCCUGCCACACCCUAUGCCACCACACCAAGGCGAGCGGCCACGGCACCCGGAACACCGAUUAGCUCGCCCACGGGGACCUGGAAGCACAGCUCCAAUGGAUACGCCAGCUACGAUUCGAAUUCCAGCUUCGGCGACUUCCAGGAGAACCUGGCCGUAUCUCCCCGAUCGCCCAGUCCGGACGUGCGGGCCCGGCUGGUGCGGCCUAAGACCCUGGUGGAGAAGGCACGCCUUAAUGUGGGCUGGCUGGACUCAUCGCUGUCCAUCAUGGAGCAGGGCGUGCGGGAGUACGACACGCUCUGUCUGCGCUUCAAGUACUUUACGUUCUUCGAUCUGAACCCGAAGUACGACCAGGUGCGCAUCAAUCAACUGUACGAGCAGGCCAAGUGGUCCAUACUCAACGAGGAGCUGGACUGCACCGAGGAGGAGACCCUCAUGUUUGCCGCCCUCCAGUUUCAAGUAAACCACCAGACGGAGCUGCAUCCGUCCGGCAUAGAUUCGGGUAUAGAGACAUCGAUCCAGGAAAAUGGCGGCGGGGAUGACAUCGAUUCAGCUCUGAAUGAGCUGCAAAUUACACUCGAGGGACCUAGCAAUGGCAAGGAUCAGGGCAACAUCACCAGGAUCCCUGAGCUGUCCGACUACCUGAGAUUUCUCAAGCCACAGAGGUUCACGCUCAAGGGCUACAAGCGCUUCUUCUUCACCUACAGGGAUCUGCACUUGCAUCUCUACAAGUCGCAGGAGGAUUCGCGCCGCGGUGCUCCCACCAUCAGCAUCAAUCUGCGGGGCUGCGAAGUGACACCCGAUGUCCAUUUGGCCCAAGGCAAGUUCGCCAUUCGUCUGGAGGUGCCACCCGAGGGCAGGAGCGGGCCCAACAGUGAGGUGUGGGUGCGCUGCGAGAGCGAGGAGCAGUACGCCAAGUGGAUGGCUGCUUGCCGCCUGGCCGCCAAGGGUCGUUCCCUGGCCGACAGCUCCUACGACAGCGAAGUGAGCAGCAUCCGAUCCCUGCUGCAGAUGCAAAAACCCGCCCAGGGAGCUCCGCUGACCAUCAAUCCGCGCAGCGUGGAGCCCAUGGACUACCUGUCGCCGAAGAUGCUGCGCAAACUGACCAGCAAGGCUGUGCAUAGAAUACUGGAGGCGCACGCUAAUGUGAAGAAGCUGCCGCUGAUGGACUCAAAACUGAAGUACAUACAAGCCUGGCAAUCCCUGCCAGACUUUGGCGUCACCUUGUUCAUCAUCAAGUUUGAUGGCCACAAAAAGGAGGAGCUGCUGGGUGUGGCCCACAAUCGCAUCAUGCGCAUGGACCUCAACUCGGGCGACCACAUCAAGACCUGGCGCUACAACACAAUGAAGGCUUGGAACGUGAAUUGGGGCAUCAAGUGCAUGAUGAUUCAGUUCCACGACGAGAGCGUGGUCUUCUCAUGCCAGUCGGCCGACUGCAAGGUAGUGCACGAAUUCAUUGGCGGUUACAUCUUCAUGUCGAUGCGCUCCAAGGAGAACAAUCAGACCCUCAACGAGGAGAUGUUCCACAAGCUUACAGGAGGAUGGUCGUAAAGGGGACACAAAGCAAUCAGAAUGCUUGUGCAAAGAGUGUGCACAUAGUGGAUAUGUAGAUGGAGGAGUACAGCAGCAGUCUUAGAAGUGCCAAGCACAAACUUCGUCGCAUGUUUUAUCUAUAUUUAAAGAGUUGUGUGUGCAUGUGUUUAAAUGUUAAUGGAAACGGGGACAGACGGAGAUGGAGCAGCAAAUACCUAGAAUAAUAACGACCUACUACAAAUGAUAAUAACAAUGUUGUGCCUUUUGCCAGAAAGCAAUCUUAACCAACUCCAAGUCAAUGUUCUGUUCUGUGUGCUGUGUAUUUUUAACAGCAGUCCCACAGGCAGCCCCCAAGCAGCAUGUUAAAGCUAUACGUUUAGUCCAAAAUGGGGGGAUAGAAAUAGCAUCCCUCCAUGAGAUAUAGCCCCCAAGCAGCCUUUUUUUACUACUCGUACAGUUUAUUGUGUGUGUUAUAUAUUGUGUAUUUAUUAAACAAAUUAAUAAGCAGAAUAAAUUAUUUGAUAUGUUUUUAAUGAUCGUAAA